AUGUACGACGUACACGGCAAAACAUAUGGGUCCCAGGGGUUCUUCGAGGCGGCGCACGCGCUGGGAGUGUCGCUGAUCGUCCUCGGCGAGCCGGACCAUUGGCUCGCGAGCGAGACUUACUCGCAUCUCCACAAGGAGUUCAUUGCACUCGACCUCUCUCAACACACGAACCUCCCCAACCGCAUCGCAGCGGCCGUCUGUGGCAGAGCGAUCGACGGGAUUAUUGUCACAUUCACUGAUGAGUACGUCGUGACGACGGCCGAGGCCGCCGAGAUUCUGGGGUUGCGGACCGAGCCGGCGCUGGUGAUGUGGCAGGCGCACCACAAGCACGAGAUGCGGCAAUUGCUGCUGUCGCUCCUCGAUGACGAUAAUGCUAAUAACAAGGUCCAGGCGGUCCGUCUCCACAGCGCCGCCUACCUCGACCACCCUCCCCCCGCCAACCAACUCGCCGCACUCCAGUACCCACUCGGCGUUAACCCCUGCCGGGGCCAGUUCUCCAUCGGAGUGAAGAAGGUCUCUAACGAGGCCAGCCUCCGUCAAGCGGUCGCGAUAUUAGGGGAAGAUAACCAGCUCGCCGAGCAAGGCAUUAUGCUGGAAACCUACAUCUCGGGGCCGGAGCUGGACGCAAACUUUGUCCUUCUGGACAGGGCGGUGCUCUUCUUGAGAUCUGCGACGUUGGCGGCGAACUUCGCCGAGACGCUGCAGAUCUCCAACACGCGGUUCCCGCUAUGGGAGUUCGAGGCAAUCCGCGAGAAGCUCAGCCAGAGUCUGCGGGCGUUGGGCUUCCGGUCAUGGGUGUUCCACGUUGAUGCGCGCAUGCGGAAAACUGCCCUGCGGUAUGGACUGGUUGAUGUGCGCGACGGCGAUGGCGAGGUUGGCGGCAGCAUCAUAGAUCUCAUUGCGGCGAGAGAAUCCGAGCUGACACGUCCCCGUCACCCCCCGCUCCUCAGCAUGACCCCUUCCUCAUCGAGGUUAAUGUCCGUGCCCCUGGCACAGGAGGCACCUGGUCCACUCUGUAUACGUACGGGGUGGACCUCGGCACCCACCAGGUCCUGCGCGCGGUGA